AUGGCGCCUUGCAACAUCUCAGUGCAUGGACCUAAAGACUCUCAAGAGGUUCUAGUCAUCCCACCUAAGGAUAAAGUCAUCGACCUUCCUUGGGUCUCCACUGGUGUUUCCGGCCUGGUGGUGGAAGCCUCCGAUUCGGCGGUUAUCAAGUUUCCUGUGACGGGGGAGAACAGAGCCCAAGCUCAGAUCGAGUGUGCUAUCUACAAACGGCUAGGGCUCCAUCCACAGAUUACGAAGCUUCUAUCAAUACAACAUGAUGACAUGCUAGUUCUUGAGCGCCUUCAGUGCCCUCUCCGCCAACGGCUCCUUGACCUCCGCAAUGCAGGGCGAUCUUCACCAACUCAAAGCGAGAUUUUACGCUGGGCCUCCCAAAUAGGACUUGGCCUCGAAUACAUUCAUUCGCGCGGGGUAUUCCAAAUUGAUAUCGGCGCACACAAUGUGUUGUUAGACUGGGAUGAUAAUGUGAAACUGAACGAUUUUGCUGGAUCCUCUCUGGACGGCUCAAAGCCUCUAAUUCUAUGCGGCACACGAUUUGAACAUCCUAGCUUUCCGUCAUCACAAAACCCUUCUGUUCGCACUGAAAUUUUUGCAUUUGGUUCUCUGCUGUACGAAAUCGAGACUACCCACCACCCAUAUCCAGAAAAAUCCGAUCGUGAAGUCGAACUAUUAUACAAGGUCGGAAUUUUCCCAGACGCCCGCCAUAUGAUUUUGGGCCAAGUCAUUCACAGAUGCUGGAUGAUGGAGUACCGGAACGUUGGUGAAGCACUAGAUGAUAUGAGGCGGAUACAGGGCUGUAUAAUUCAAGAAGGUGCGUUGUCUACACUAAUCCGCUAA